AUGGCCGCGGUCCUCCCAUCCCCCGCGCUCAUCCGCACGCUCAAACCCGCGGGGGCCCGCAGGGUUCGCGUCCGCUCCCCCGCGGCGCUCCCCCGUCGGUUCACCGUCCGCGCCGCCGCCGCCGCGAGCGACGACGACACGGUCGAGAUCGCGCUCAAGGUGGACGGCAUGAUGUGCGAGGGCUGCGCCGAGUCCGUCACCGAGGCGCUUCGAAAGGCAUCCCCGGACCGCGUCGUCACCGUGGACGUCAACCUCGAGACGAAGAUGGUGCGCGUGGGGGUCAACGCGGAGAGCGCGGUGGCGGGACUGACGCUGAUGCCCGCGCUCGUGGACGCGGUCAAGGGCGCCGGGUUCGACGCCGAGCCCGAGUUCUGA